UGUUAACUAACGCUACUUUUAAGUAAAUCAAUGUUAGUUGCUAGGGACAUUUCCCAUAAUGCAUUUGGUCCUCAUAUUGAAAGCAAGACAUGCAAGAUGGCUGCCUCCAUAGAGAAUCAUUCAUCUCAAAAGACAAAAAGGGAGAGAAAACCAAAUUUUUCACACUCAGAAGCCGAAGUUUUAGCCGAUGUUGUCAUAAAUGAACUUGGGAUCUUGCGAUCCAAGUUUUCGUCAGAUGUGACAAACAAAAUGAAAAAAAACAAAUGGGAUGAAAUUGCCCUAAUGGUUAGUUCCUUGGGAGUGGCCACAAGGACCGGGGAUAACUGCAGGGAAAAAUGGAACCAGCAGCUUUCAAAGGCGAAAGAGAUCCAUUCCCUGCAGCAAAAACACCAGAGAGGGACUGGCGGAGGGGGAAAGAUGCCACAGGCCGACCCUACACUGCAGAGAAUAAUAGAAACAUUCGAAAAAGACGCAGCAUUCAGAGGCAUCACUGGUGGAUUUGAGUCUGCAGUAACCACACCUAUAAAGGCUACAGCAGCAGUCUCCCUCCCUGUUACAUUACCUGAUCUGGCUGGUUGGACUCCUGUAAAUCAAGCUGCAGAUGUUGAUGUCGACUGCUCAGAUGCAGUGGUUGUGGCAACCUUUGAUCGUCAACCACACGAAACACACAUAGAGGGAGCCACAAUAAUUCUUGGUGCCAGGAAAGCACAUGCGAAGGGUCUGCUGACAGACGCCAUGUGCCGACAGAAGACUCAGCAGGAUGUAUUUAACAUGCAGCUUGAGGUCCUUGAGGCAACUCUUGUUACGCAGAAGGCCACAACACGUACUCAGGAAGUUCUUCAGAAAGAGGCUGGCCUUCGAAUAGAAAAGCUACAGCUGGAGAUUGCUCUGCUGAAGGAAAAGGAGUUCUUGGGUCUGUCGGGCAUUGAACUGUAA